CAGCUGUCCGAGGGUAUGUGAGUCCAACGAGGCUUUCAUGACGGUGUAGCGUUAUUGAAAGCAACAUUUUUUCUCGAGGCAGACAUUUGCCCUCUGUGCAUUUACAGUAUGAGUUGACCCCAAUUCUUCAGCUUCAUUGCGCGCCAUCACCGGAAACAUGACCUUAGAGUCCUCGGUAGACGUUCUGGUCAUUGGUGCCGGGCCCGUUGGACUCCUGAUUGCAUAUCAGGUUUUGAGGGCCGGAUGUUCAGUGUACGUUAUUGACAAGGACGACAAAUAUGCAGGAGCCCAGUAUGGACGUGCCAAUGCCAUUUACGCGCGCUCCGCUGAACUGCUCGAUCAAUUGGGCCUUGCGGAUGAUAUUGUACAGCAAUCCCACUUUGUGCGCGAAGCUUAUACUUACGACGACAAAGGCGAGCGUGUGAUACCGGGGAGGGUUUGGAAUUUUGUGGAGAAUGUCGCGGAUACAAAAUUUGACUUUGGUCUUAUGCUGCGACAGCGGUAUAUAGAAGAGUGUUUACGGGAUAGCUUUGCUGCGUUGGGGGGGAAGAUACAUGAUUUGACGGAAUGUGUUCGACUUGAGUAUACCAACGACCCAGCAGAUGGUGUGACGGCCACUGUGAAAGACAUACGUACGGCGGCAGAAUACACCGUCAAGAGCAAGUAUCUGGUCGGCGCCGAUGGAGGUCAGAGCUUCGUUCGCAGGUAUCUCAACAUUCCGUUCGAAGGGGAAAGGACCGAAGAUCAGUGGAUUCGAAUCGAUGGCAAAGUUAAGUGUAACAUUCCCACGCCGAGGGCUUAUGCUUCUAUCGAGAGCCUUAGACAUGGAAACGUUCUGUGGGCGCCGUUGGACCGAGGGGUCACUCGCGUAGGUUACGUUUAUACGAGUGAGCUACGGUCUCGAUAUGGAGGUAAAGUCACCGAGGAGAUUGCCAUACGAGAGGCAAUCGAGGCUGUCAAGCCGUUUGAGCUUGAGUUUGAGAGAGUCGACUGGUGGACGUUAUAUAUCAUUGGACAGAGGGUUGCUGCUACGUAUCAGCCGCACUCUCGUAUAGUACUUGUUGGCGACGCCUGCCAUACGCACUCGUCCGGCGCUGCUCAGGGACUCAACACGGGGAUACACGAUGCCUGUAACCUGGGUUGGAAGCUCGUUUUAGUUCUCAGGGGUCUUGCCAAAGACGAUCUUCUUGCGACAUAUGGGACAGAACGUCGAGCCGCCGCACAACGCUUGAUUGGAUUCGACCGGAAGAUUUCGACGUUGAUGGCCAACAAAUGGCCCGAGGGUAUGAAACGUCCCGCUGAUAAAGACAUCAAUCAGGUUUUGGCGGACCUCUUCGAUGAUGCGAAGGGUUAUAACACUGGACUGGGGAUUUCGUACGAAGAAAAUCUCAUUAAUGUGCAAGGCCCCAAUGCCAACGCCUGUUCUGGCGUUGCACCAGGUGCACGUGUGCCUGAUUUGGAUCUGCUGAAGCCGGGUACCCUGGAGGUUAUCAGGCUGCAUGCGGCCGCACCCAACCGAGCUGUUGUAUACAUAUUGGCAUUCGUGGGAGACCCACGAAUCACACUGCCUUCGAUAGCAAAAUACUCGGCAGCAGUCGACACCUCGACACGGAAGUUCGCCCGAGGGGUAGUGCAGACGGUCACUGUGGUGGCUUUGGCGAACAACCGAAUCGGUGUCGAAGAGGCAUUGGGAUGCCUUCCAGGUGGAAAAGUGUACUAUGAUAAGCGUUCAGAAGCGCAUCGUCGCUUCGGCGUGGACUUAAGGUAUGGCGCACUUUUGGUGCUGCGGCCCGACGGACAUGUCGGAUUCACGACAAAGAUGGGUGCUGACGGUGUGGAUGAUGUUGAAGCCUAUCUGAAAGGAUUCUUGGUCGAUCAAUAAACACACAAUAUGGCAAGAAGUUCGUAGGAUACCUGGUGGUCAAUGUGUCAAAUAGGGGAGUGACUGGCGAGGGUGGCAUCCAACGAUUGGGCUUCGGAAGUGGCGGAAAGCUUCGUCUCUUUUCCUCGUUCCCCUUUCUCCUUCUGGAAU